AUGGAUGAAGACUAUGAAGAAGUGGAUAUUGACAUGAUGGAGUAUGAUCGUGUGAAUGAAGUAUUUACGUAUCCGUGUCCAUGUGGUGAUAGAUUUGAGAUAUCAUUUGAGGAAUUAUUUAAUGGAGAAGAAAUUGCUACGUGUCCUUCUUGUUCUCUUGUUGUGAAGGUUAAUUAUCUUAUGGAAGAUUUAGAGCGUAUGCAGAGAGUAUUGGCAGGUCAUGAGAGAGUAAGCAAUAUUGGGUAUGCCAUAUAA